AUGCAGGCCCCCUGCCAGCCUGGGCCUGAGCCCUUGGCUUGGACGCUUGCCAUCCGGCCAGUGCACAACCGUCUCCUGGAUGUGUGGACCGCAUGGCGCGAGGCUGAGGGGGCCGCUGGGAAACUGCCUCCCGCGCCAGCCUCUGAUCAGCUCAUCAGUGAGACCCCUGCUGCUCCAGUUAGCCCCAAUGCCUCCCUGAGCCUCGGAGACCUGAGGGUGCCUGUUUCCAUGCUGUUCUGGCUGUUCCUCACCUCAAGCCCGCUGGCUAUAGCCACACUUGCUCUGAGCUCCCUGCUGCUGGUAACCAUCCUGCAGAGCCAGAGACUUUGGCAAGAGCCCCACUACCUGCUGCUGGCUAACAUCCUGCUCUCAGAUCUGGCCUACCUUGUCUUCCACAUGAUCAUCUCCUCCAGCAACCUGGAUAGCUGGGCCCUGGACUACAUUGCUUGUGGUGUUCUCACAGAUGCCAUCUCCGCUUCCUCUACCAGCACCAUCCUGUCCUUCAUGGCCACCGUGCUGUACACCUACCUGGCAGCUGUUUAUCCUCUGCACUAUUUCUCCUUCAUGUCUUAUGAGGCAGCCCAGAAAGUGGUGGCCCUCAACUGGUUGGUAGCCUGCUUCUUCUCCACAUGUCUCAUUUGGCUUAGCAAGAGCCAGAAUGCUAGGUUAGAGCAAGAGGCCUCAUGCAUCCUCAUGGACGCUGAAACAGGCCAUGACCCCCGAGUCACUGUCACCGACACCUGAAUUUUAUGCAUUCUCUUUCUAUGCACAGUUCUCAUCAUCUACUUCUGGAGGAUAUAUGCAGAGACCAGGACUUCAGGCAUCUGGGUGCAGGGCUAUUCCCGGGCCAAGGGUACCAUGCUUAUCCACACAGUGCUAAUCAUGCUAUAUGUUAGCCCAGUUGUGGUGUUUUCCCUGGACAUCUUGCUAACCAAAUAACACCACACUGAUGUCAGAACUCAUAUGUGGAUCAUGGCAGCCAACAACAAGGUGCUCAUGAUGUUUCCUCAUGCCAUGCUCUCCUAUCUGUAUACACUGAGUUCCUGGCAGCUGCUGGGGACAGUCCAGGGCCACUUCUCAUCCAGGAGGCACAGAGACAUCUGCAGUAUUUCUUAG